AUUUAAUAUCUAGUAUUUGUUAGUACUUUAAUUUGUAAUAAUAAUUUUUGAAAAAUCAAUGAUAAAACUAUUUCAGCUCUUGAUAACCAAAUUAGAGCCUAAACGGUUCAAGAGUGAAUCACCGAGUAAUUCUAGGUUUAGGAGUAGAGUUCUUCAAAACCAUAAUUCUACUUACAAUGGAGGACGAGUAUAACCAGGAUUGCUUUGAUUGGUUUUCGGAUAUGAGUGAAGCUUGGCCAGAGAAUAGUUGCCACACCAAAACUAGCAGUUAUCAAAAAGAGAACAGCAUAGAUGGAAACAGUUUUUUCUCAGGAAGCUACUUUCACUCAAAUAACAAUUCCUCAGACAGAUCUGAUCCUUCAAACUGGAGAGAGUGGAAGCAGUCCUCAGUUCUGAAACCUGCUCAGGGAGUUAAGCGAAGGAUUGGUGUGAAUGCCAAUAUUGAAGAACAAAGCUUUUAUGAGAAAGAAGGUCAACAAUUAAGAAUACAGUGCUCAGACAGGGAUAAAGAUCGUCCUAUCCUGCAUCCAUUCUCUAGUACUAAUCCUCACCAGAGAGUGAUCCUAGAUUGGCUGUCUGAGAGAGAAGAGAGAAAAGUAUAUCAGAAUAUUCGAAAUAGUGUACACAAGGAGAAGAUGCUUGAAUAUGAACCAAUUCUCUCCAGAUUAGUAGAGAAGCAGUAUCUACUAAUGAAGCAGGCAAUGAGCUUGGGGCUGACCACUAACCCUGUUCUUGCCUUAGUGCCGUUUUCAAAAGCUCCAGAGAUACUUGACGCCAUCCCCUAAUAGCGCUGCUUAUUAGAAACUAGAAAUAAAAUUGUUUUGGAUUCAAUAUAGG